CCAUUUCCAUGGCGAAGACGACUAUUCCGGGGGCAAGCACCCGUCACAUGCAAAUGGCCAAUCGGCGGAGGACGGAGAAGGACGUUGGAUCCCAUGGAUACCAUGGUGCCCAAAGUGGGCGUAGCUGCAUCUGCUGGAUAUCCCUAGUACUCCUCCUCGUUCUGGUGCCUGAUUUUAUUGAAGCACUCAAGGAUGUGUCGGUAAUGAUACCACAGGCGGUGAAACGUGGCAGCAAUGCGCUAUUCACUUGUAAUUACGAUAUGGAAAACGAUACUCUAUAUUCGGUUAAAUGGUAUAAGGGCAAGCGUGAGUUUUAUCGCUACACGCCCAAGGAGAAUCCGGCGAUGAAGGUCUUUGCCAUGACAAGUGGUCUCAAUGUCGAGCGCAACCUCUCGAAUCAGAGCCACGUCGUCCUGCAGUCGGUGCCGCUGAAUAUUUCGGGCAAAUUUACAUGCGAAAUAUCGGUGGAGGCGCCCACUUUUCAAACGGCCAUGGUGUCCGGCGAAAUGGAGGUGGUUGAGCUGCCGGAAGAGCACACUGUGGUCACCGGGAUACAGGCACGCUAUCGCAUCGGCGAUUUGGUCGACGGCAAUUGCUCAAUUAAAUACUCGAAACCGGCUGCUAAUUUGACAUGGACUAUUAAUGGUAUUGUGGUGCCACCGCAUCACAUAAAGACCUACCAGACGGAGAAGCGGGAGAACAGCACCCUGGAAUCGGUAACAAGUGCCAUACAUUUCAUGGUCACCAAUCAGCAUUUCCUCAAGGGCCAGAUGAGGCUCAAGUGCACGGCCAAUAUCUUUGACAUCUUCAAGGAGGAAAUGGAGAGUGUCAUCGAGGAGGACCGGCCCAGGAUAAUGGCCUCGGGCAGAUCGUAUGACAUCAACAACUAUCCCCUCGAGGAGCACACGAAUGGCGAACGGGGCGGCUUUGAGGAUCACAACGAGUCCUAUUUGACGUACUAUUCGGCGGAUAACACGGCAUCGGGAGCCUCGACAGCUGCACACGAAAUCUUCUGGCAGUUCUGGCCAUCGCAACUAACAAAGCUGCCCAUCAACAGGCAGUUGGAGGGGGCGUGGCACUGGCUCUGUGGGGGCGGCGGAGCGGCUGCUCUUCUGCUUUUUUUCCUGCUGCAGCAGGGGCCGCUGGGCCAUCAAAUUAUCAACUGUCAAUACACAAAGCCGGCGACUGGCAAGGUGCAACAGCAGCAACACCAACAGCAACAGCUGCAACACCGACAACGCAGCAGCGGAGGCAGCGGAGGCAGCAGCAACAUCGGGGUGACAGCUUCAAAGGCGGCAACAUCCGCAUCUAGCGUCAAAUGCUUUUAUAAUUGUCAAAUGGCUAUGGCGAUGCCAACUCGGAGUCGUGGUGAUGAUGAUGAUGAUGGCGGUGAUGCGUAUAUUGGCAGCACGAGUGCAAAUGCAACAGCAACGGCAACUGCCGAUGCUGAUGUGGAUGCUGAUGCUGCAGAUGCAGAUGCAGAAGCAGAAGCAGAUGUUGCUGCUGCAGGAGGAGUUGCGAGUUGCAGCAUUAAGCGGCUGUCAGCGACACUUGUGGGGGGCGAUGCUGUAAGGGGCGUGGCCAGUGGGCCGGAUCAACGAUUAUUGAUGACUCGGCGGCGGGCAAGGCGGGAAAGGCGGCAAAAGAAAUCGCUGGCGAUGGAUGCGAUGAUGCAGUCGCGUUGGAGCGCGUGCUGAUGCCGAAUUGAUGAUGAAAUCCAUUUUCGAAAGUAGCUUAAGGUGCCCGCCACCGUGCAAAAUAGCAGUAUAUGGAUGUGGCUCUUUUCCUUUUUCACUCGAAUUGUUGAAGGGCAUAAUUGAUAUACAUUCGUACUCAUACUGAUUGCAUCAGCCAGCUGCACAAAUCGAUCUGGUCGUAGCUCUUAAGUGUUGAACGCAUAAGGUCAAGGAAAGUGCAGAGGGGUGGUAUAUAUUUAAUUAAUGGAAGAGCAUAGUCAGCAAGUAGAUAUGAAACCGAUGAAUAAUAACAGGAAAUUAACUAAUAUUAGGUAAAGUAUAACAUACGGUGAAAUGAAUAAAUAAAGGAUGCCCUGUACGCCGCAAUCACUCAAGUUUAUUUUCGACCUUCUCACAUUUUCGUUACGCAAUUAUAUAGAAACAUUUGGUAAAGUUAAUAUGUAUGUGUUCAAUUCACUUUCAAAAAUAAAUUAUUAUUUGACACAUUAAUUAUUUUGUAAAAAUAAUCACAAUUUUUUCGUUUCACCUUGACAUCACUUUACAGACAAUAAUAUCUACUCAAUAAAAAUAUGUAAAUGCUACUGCAAAGUUUUUCACGUUAUGUUUUCGAGCCUUCAAUGAAGGGAACAUCAAGAAAUUCGAAAAGUAAAACCAGAAACGCACAUUUGCUUGGGGACUCACGUACAGGGCGAGAAAAUGCGUGUGCUUAGUCACUGAAAAUCAAAAGGUACUUUAUAUAGUUCUCAAACACUUCAACCCCUUAAGUUAUAUAUCAAGCGUUAAAUAUAUUCACAAAAAGCAAGAGUUAUAGGAAAUGUGCACAGUGUACAGCAAGCUGAACUUUAGACUGCACUUGAGCUUAGCUUUCGGGUACCGUAGUGCAUUUUAAAGUGGGUUUUUGACAGCUUACAAAUUGUAAACAGCCGAAGGUAAUUUAAGUCAAUACUAAUACCCAUUACUCGAGGAGUAAAAGAGUAUACUCGACUUGUUGAAAAGUAUGUAACAUGCAGAAGAAAUCGUAUUCCCGACUCAAUAGAGUAUACACAUUCCUCUGAGUAAGGGGUAUCUUAUAGUCGGCGAAAUCGACUAUAGCGUUCUCUCUUGAUUGUAUACUCCUUCAAGAUAAAGAAGACAUAAUGUCAAUGUGUAAAUAAAAGCUUAAAAAAAAACAGAAAAUUAAUAUUAUGUAACAUCCACUGUACAGAAAGGAACUUUUUACGGUUGUGGAAAUGAAAAGCAAAAUUAAUUAUUAUAGCACGUGUUUAUUUGUAGAAAACAACGAAUACAUAGAGCAAGUUAAAACAAAAUGAACCUUUAAUUUCAUGUCUUGUCUCGGCAAUAUUAAAUCUCGAAGAAAGCAAACGAUUAUUUAAACAUUUUUGGCCAACAAAAAUCCAGCGGUAAAUAGUUCCUUUACCUUAAACACAAUUCAAUGUAAUGCAAUGGGUAAUCGUAGCCAACAAGGAAUGAAAACUAAUCGAAAUAGCGUUUGGAUAUAAAUAAGUAUAAUACAUGUUGAAUAAUUUAUAAAAGCAGUAUAUAUAUUUAAAAUGUAAAUAAAAUAAUAAAAUGUAAUAAUUAAAUCCAUAAAGUAUAAAAUAAUUGGUGUACAUGCUAAAAACAAGUAAUACAAAUAGAUAAACACAUCAAUAUAAACUGCAUGCCCCAGAUUUUUGUAAUCAAAUCGUGUUGUGAAAGUUGUCUUCCCUAAUUUAUGCCCAUUCCAUCAAAACAUUGACAGGGGAUUUUAAUUUUAAUUUUUGUAUGGUUUCAAUUAUAGCCAUAAAAUAAUAAACUAUAACCAUAUGUAUAAGAAUGUAAAAAGCUAGUUGUAUGUACAUAGAAAUGUGACAACAAUUUUGAUGUUACUGAAUAAAUAUUACACGUAUUAACCGAGAAAUAUGAAAAUAGCAUUAAGAACAGUGAAUGUUUCCAGCCGCUAGGGACAUCGAUAAGUCUUGGAUUUAUAAAGAGAAUCAAAAACGCGGGCAAAUGCAUAGCACAUAGUAUAUUCAUAUCCCCAAUAAAUAACCCGAAAUGUGUAAAGCCAGAAUAAAUGUAAUAUUAAGAUUGCAGACAACAGAAUAGUGAUGUAAAAAGCAGCAAGGAAAUAAAGUAACCCCUAUUCAAUAA